AUGGCGUACCCGACCCGAGAGUUGAACGAGGCUGCCUUGGACCACUUCAUCUACACCCCCGUCACCACGGACAUGAUCCACUAUCUGGCCAUCAAGGCGACGCAGGUCAUCCAGUGCGAGCAUCGACCUCUCUCCAAGUCAGCUGACCUCCCUGCUUCUCCCCCCACGACGCCUCCCAACGAUCCCACCGUGUCGACGACAAGCCUCCCAUCGCUCGAACGCUUCAUCACCAACCUGGUCCGAAAGUCCAACGUCCAGGUCCCGACGCUGAUGAGCACCCUGGUCUACCUCGAGCGAUUGAAGAAGAAGCUCCCGCCGGUCGCCAAGGGCCUGAGAUGUACCGUUCACCGCAUCUUCCUCGCCGCCCUCAUCCUCUCCGCCAAGUUCCUGAAUGACUCCUCACCCAAGAACAAACAUUGGGCCGAGUACACCCACGUCCGCGGCUGGGACAAGUUUGGCUUCUCGACCACCGAGGUCAACCUCAUGGAGAAGCAGCUGCUCUUCCUCCUCGACUGGGAUCUCAUCAUCACCGAACUGGAUCUCUACGCCCACCUGGAACCCUUCCUGGCGCCCAUCCGGCACGAGGUGGUGAGGAAGCAAGAACAGCGCCGUGAGCGGGAGAUGCGCAAGGAGGCUGCCCGACAACAGCAGUUGGCCGAGGAGGAGCAGCGCCGAGCCGAGGCCGCCCACCACCAGUACUGGGUGCCCAGCAACGAGUUCCACCCGAUGAACACCUCCGGCCGCUUCAUCGAUCCGACCGGCAUGAUGGUUGCUCCCCUCCGCAUCCCGUCCCGGGCAUCACAGUACGGCUCUCCACCUUCCACCAGCGAAGUCCCCGUCCUGGCACGCAGCGGUACGGCCGACACGUACUCCACGGUCUCCUCCUCCGCUUCUUCCUAUGUCGACACGCUCUCCCGCGCCGGUACCCCCAGCUCCAGCAUGGAAGGCUACAACGAGGAGCUCGAAGCCCAGUACUGCCGCCUCAAUGGUGAGAGCCCUGCGCCGAUCGUCCGUGACAUCGUGCAGAUCGAGAUGGAUCACCAGGUCUUGUACCCGGCCAGCCAGCACACCAUGCUACCCUACGAGGUCGAGCGCGAGGUGAUCCAUGAGAAGCCCGCGAAGAAGCCCCGCCUCAUGGCCGGCAACAUCUUCUCGAGACUUCUCGGUGGACAGAGAGAUCGCAACAGCUACGCUGCAUAG